AUGUUUUUUGUUACGGAGUGGCGAGAUUAUGGAGAAACGUUGUGGCAAAAGACUAUAUCAAGAACAGACAACGAUGAAAAGGAAGUUAAAGCUGUUCGAGGGGACUGCACGAUCACGAAAAGGGGCAAAGAGCCUUUUGGGGGCUGUGGGGAAACUUGGCGAACUGUCCUUAAUACUUUACAAGCGCUGAAGGCGGAGUCAAAAGUCGCCGCUGCCGCUGUGCGCGCCACAGCCCCCCCCAAUCCCCCGGCUGAACCUCAUCGCACCACGAGUCGUACGAGUGCUUUCUUUGGGGUGAGCCAGAAUUACCCAAUGAAAGGAAUGACUGGGAAAGUUUGUACCGGCGUCUGCGAGCUCUUAAAUCCGACUGUAAAAAGGGGGAAUGCGUCUGAGGACAUAAACGGCCCCGUUGCGCCGCAGGCACCCGAUGUUCACCCAUCAGAGGGCGGAAGUGCAAUGACACAGGAACCGGAAGUGCCCACAGUAGCGGCUGCGCUGAUCAACUGCCCCGGGGAGAAGGAGGCCCUGCAGACACAGAUGUUUGGGCUGCCAGCUACCAAGGACAAGAGUAACAGCCUCUCCAAGGUGCCGUUAGCAGUACCGGCCGUUUCGAGGCGGCGAUUACCGUCACGCGUCAUUCCGAGGCGGCAGUUACCUGUCCCGGCCGUUCCGAAGCAGACGCUGCCGGUGCCGGUGCAAGUAGCGGGCGCUGCCGAGGCACAGCCGCCGGUUCCGGCCGGAGCUCCCGGUCCCCGGGCCCGUUCCGGGGCGAUGGGGGGGCUGAUCAGCCGUGUGCUGUGGGGCACAAGGCGAGGGAGGAAGCGGGAGCGCAGCGAGAGAGACGACAGCGACGACGGCAGAGGGCAGCACAGCCGGUGCGGGCAGGGAAGGGGCGGUGUGGGGAGCGGCGCCGGGGCAGAAGGGGCGCUGCAGGGUCGGGUGGGCGCAGGGGAGCGGAGAGAAGGGGCGAGGGGGCGCUGCGGGGCCGGGGAAGCGGUGCGGUGGGAGGAGGGGCGUGCGGGGCCGGCAGCGGAGGAGCGGUGGAGGGUCGCUGGGAGCCGCGGUGGAAGGGUCUGGCGGGGGCGGGGGGGGGAGGGUGUUGGGGCUGUUGUUCCUCAGCAGCAGCAAACGAGGAAAAGGUUUAAAAGGACCUCCGAGUACAUUUAUGAGGAGCUGUUUCUGAGUGGCAAUGGCAGCGACAUCAAAAUCCGUGCCCUGGGAAAAGAGUGGAACCUGCACAAGGUGUAUCUGUGCCAGUCAGGGUACUUUUCCAGUAUGUUCAGUGGACAUUGGAGAGAAUCCAGCAUGGACACCAUUGAGUUGGAAAUUUCUGACGAAAACAUUGAUGCAGAAGCUCUCCACGUGGCUUUCAGCUCACUCUACCAGGACGAUGUUUCAAUAAACCCGGAAAAAGUGGUUGCGGUUUUAGCAGCAGCCUCCAUGCUGCAGUUGGACAACUUAAUGGAGCAAUGUGCUGAGAUAAUGAAGGAAACCAUUAAUGCAGAAACUGUCUGUGAUUACUAUAAUUCAGCGGAGAUGUAUGGGUUGCCCUUCAUGAAGAAAAAAUGCCUUAAAUGGCUCUUGAACAACCUGAUUACUCACCCACGAGUUGAAGUCUUCAAAGAAAUCAGUAUAAACCUCAUGGAGCAGCUGAUCAGCUCUUCCAACCUGCUUGUAAUGCAAGUGGAAAUUGACGUGUAUAGCACUCUCAAAAAGUGGAUGUUCCUUCAACUCGUGCCUUCUUGGAAUGGGACGUUGGAACAGCUCUUAUCUGAAGCUGAUGCCUGGUUUGCCCAGUAUCGGAAAGAUUUUGGGCGUGCCGUUCCAUUCCUGAGCUCAGAACAGGGGAAGGUGUUCCAGUCAGUGUUCAGACGCUUGAGAUUGCAGUAUAUCAUCAAUGACGUGACAUCAGCUGGAAUAAUUGACAACGAUUACCUCAUACCCCCCGCGUGGCUGUGCUCUAUUUACAAACAGCAGUGGUUGACCAUGCUCAGAACAUAUGAAGGCAGUGAUAUCGGGCCUGAAGAAAUAAGUGAAGAGACACUGGAAGAAAACAGCAUGCGAUGUGGUCGGGUGCUUGAGGAGGAUGGUGAAUUCGCCUGGAGCUGGUCUGGGUUCAACUUUGGCUUUGACCUCCUCGUUAUUUAUACAAAUCAGUGCAUCGUUUUCAAACGGAAUACACUGGAUGAGCCGAGCAGUGGCUUAGUCAGUCUGCAGCCCAUGAGAAACGUGGCCUUCAGGUUAAGUCUGGCCUGCUUUGAUGACGAUGGGACAAAGAUUUUCAAGAGAACAACAGGAUAUCAGAUCCUAAGUUUUGGGAACGAUGAGGAGCAGGUAGUGAUAAAUUUCCUCGAGGAAGAGAGACGCCCCUUCUUCCCGCUCUACAUCAGCUGCAACUUCCAGUACACUACGCCGGAGGGAGGCACCACCAGAUAAUGCGGAAAACUGACACCUCUUCAGUGGAACAGGGGAGCCCUUCCACACUUCAACAAGAGAAAAGAGCCAUACAGCAGCAGCUCUCAGCUAGGAUUCUGUGGAAUGCUGACCACAGACACGAGCCAAAUCCCAGUUUUUUAAACUUUUUGUGACUUAUUUUAACUUUUAUGUUGGGAAUCUAUCCCGUUUUAGCUCAGGAAUUUGUGACCUUUCAGUGCCUUUGGAGCUGUAGGUGUUAACACACUUCUAACAUCAGUUAAGCAGCCUCAAAAGAUCCAAGGGAAGAGCCCCGACCAAGGCAUUCCUUUUCAGCUGGUUUGGCGAGUGGGCCGAGCGUGCACUGUAUUUAUUCUUUGUCCGAGUCAGGUUUUAUGUUCGUCCGUCUAAAUUUGAAUUCUUACAGCAGGACAUUUGAAUUAAAAUUUAGAAUUCUGCCUCUUUAGUAGGCUAAUUUUUUCAUGUUGUUAUAAAAAUAAAGUCAAUUGUACUUUACCAUUUUUACUUUUAUUUUAUGUAAAAAUGUGUUUGGCAAGAUGGGAAAAUGUGGCACCUUGUCAAUAGAUGAGUGGAAUGCUCACCAGCGUCUGUCCUUUUCCACCACAAACAGCUUUUUCUAUCGGAUUUGCCAGUGAAUGCACUUCUCUGUUAUCUUGUGUUGCAUCAUACUUCUUUGGAAGCAGAAGUAUUUUAAGGCACUGAACUUAGUAAUUACAGAAUCACAGAAUCACCAGGUUGGAAAGGACCCACUGGAUCAUCGAGUCCAACCAUUCCUAACACUCCCUAAACCAUGUCCCUCAGCACUUCAUCCACCCGUUCCUUAAACACCUCCAGGGAAGGCGACUCAACCCCCUCCCUGGGCAGCCUCUGCCAGUGCCCAAUGACUCUUUCUGUGAAGAAUUUUUUUUCUGAUAUCCAACCUGAACCUCCCCUGGCGGAGCUUCAGGCCAUUCCCUCUUGUCCUGUCCCUUGUCACUUGGGAGAAGAGCCCAGCUCCCUCCUCUCCACAACCUCCUUUCAGGUAGUUGUAGAGAGUAAUAAGGUCUCCCCUCAGCCUCCUCUUCUCCAGGCUAAACAACCCCAGCUCUCUCAGCCGCUCCUCGUCAGACGUUCUCCAGCCCCUCACCAGCUUUGUUGCUCUUCUCUGGACACGCUCCAGAGCCUCAACAUCCUUCUCGUGGUGAGGGGCCCAGAACUGAACACAGUAUUCGAGGUGCGGUCUCACCAGUGCCGAGUACAGAGGGAGAAUAACCCCCCUGGACCUGCUGGUGACCCCAUUUCUGAUCCAAGCCAAGAUGCCGUUGGCCUUCUUGGCCCCCUGGGCACACUGCUGGCUCAUGUUCAGUCGCUGUCAACCAUCACCCCCAGGUCCUUCUCCUCCGUGCAGCUCUCCAGCCACUCUUCCCCCAGUCUGUAGCACUGCACAGGGUUGUUGUGCCCCAAGUGCAGGACCCGGCAUUUGGCCUUGUUGAACCUCAUGCCAUUGGCCUCGGCCCAGCGGUCCAGCCUGUUCAGAUCCCUUUGCAGAGCCUCCCUACCCUCCAGCAGAUCCACACUUCCUCCCA